AGGGAAGGAGGGAGCGACGGAGCGAGAGACCAGAAGGUGGGAUGGAUAGGAAUAAACAAGUAGGCGGAGACGAGGGAGCAGAAAACGCCCAAAAUCGAACAGAAGCUGGAGGAGGAGGAGGAGGAGGAGGAGGAGGAGGAGGUUCCAAAGGUAAAUCAUGCAAAGGAUAUCUCUAUUAUUCUUCCAUUCUCAAAUCCAACGGCACCAAUCCUCGCUGUAUCGGCAUCCCUCGUACUCUCCAACAAGUUCCCAACAUUGUUGGACACUCUGAGUCAGAAGCUUAUAAAGAGGGCCGGACACUUACAGAUUUUUAUUAUGCUUGCGCUGGGUACUCAGUGUAUAUCAACAAAGAUCAUUCAACUGAUAAGCAAGUGACAAAAACACAACUUCCUGUGUGUGUGGGCCUUGAGCUUCUAGUAGAUAGAAGAGUUGCUACUGCUGAUAAUGCUUCAGCUUCAGCUUCAGCUCAUGUUCAUGGCAGAGAAGGUGGCCGUGAAAUUCAUCAGCCUCGAACGGAAAAACCCGCCCAUGCUUCAGGAGACGACUUCCUGAGCAGGUAUACAAGGAAUGCAAGUCUGGUUGCAUCAGGGGUGGCUAGAAACAUGCGAAGGGUGGGGAACUACAUAAAAGAGAGUCUUGAUGACAUUUUGUACCCAUACAGAAGGCGACCAAAAUGAGGCUGUAAAUUUUGCAUGACUGAAGGAAGAGAAUUAAGCAGAUGAAGUAGAAUAAUGCUUCACCUGUUAUUUGCAUUUAAUUAUGUACUUUCUCCUAACACCACUUUCAUCCCCAUCUGCACCUCCUCUUAUCAAUGGAAUACUGGGCAACUGGGUUAGUGGUAAAGGCCUAAAGAGAGAUGUUUUAUUGUUGAUUCUCAAAAACAAGAUAUUAUGGUUAAUGUUGCCUAUUGGAUAUCUGCAGAGAGGAGUUGGGGGGACAGAUUGCGUUUUUGUAAAAUAUAAAGGCUGAUAGUUCCUCAAAUACAUGAUCAUGUAAGCAUUGCCUGAUGAUCGGUACUGCCGCAUAUGUGCCUGGGAUUUUAAAAAUGUUAAUGGCCAAAUAAUUUUUUCCAUUUUA